CGGAACUUUGUUGUGGCGGUGAGGAAAAGGAAGCCCUGAAGGGUAGAAAGAAAUACCAAAGCAAAGGCUGUUUUCCUGCUUUCAUUCUUUCUGUUUUCCUUCUUUUUAUUUUUUCUUAAGAGCGAGCGGCGUUUGCGGUGGCAGUUUGGGGUGGGCGCCGCCGAGGUGAGGGGGUCUCGCCUCCUGCACGCUGGUAGACUGUUCCAUUAUGGAUGGAGGGGAUGACGGUAACCUUGUUAUCAAAAAGAGGUUUGUAUCUGAGGCAGAGCUAGAUGAACGGCGCAAACGGAGACAAGAAGAAUGGGAAAAAGUUCGAAAACCUGAAGAUCCUGAAGAAUGCCCAGAGGAGGUUUAUGACCCUCGGUCUCUGUAUGAAAGGCUACAAGAACAGAAAGACAGGAAGCAGCAGGAGUAUGAAGAACAGUUCAAAUUCAAAAACAUGGUAAGAGGCUUAGACGAAGAUGAGACCAACUUCCUUGAUGAGGUUUCUCGGCAGCAAGAACUAAUAGAAAAACAGCGAAGAGAAGAAGAACUGAAAGAACUGAAGGAAUACAGAAGUAAUCUCAACAAGGUUGGAAUUUCUUCAGAAAACAAGAAGGAAGUGGAGAAGAAAGCUGUGAAACCCAUAGAAACCAAGAACAAGUUCUCCCAGGCAAAGCUGUUGGCAGGAGCUGUGAAGCAUAAGAGUUCAGAGAGUGGAAACAGUGUGAAAAGACUGAAAUCGGACCCUGACCCAGAUGACAAGAAUCAAGAAGCUCCGUCCUGCGUGUCUCUGGGAAGCACCUCCCUGAGCAGUCCCUCCAUCCACUGCCCGUCCGCGGCCGUCUGUAUCGGCAUCCUCCCAGGCCUGGGCGCCUACUCCGGGAGCAGCGACUCUGAGUCCAGCUCAGACAGCGAAGGCACCAUCAACGCCACGGGCAAGAUUGUCUCCUCCAUCUUCCGAACCAACACCUUCCUCGAGGCCCCCUAGCUCCUCUGUUUUCACCGCAGGGUGCUCCUCCCCACGAGUAGACUGGACAGUUUAUUCUGCCUACAGGCAUUACUUCCCACAGAAAACUCCUUUGCCUGCUCCUUAUGCGCACCGUGACAUUUUUAACUGCAUCUAAGAAUGUGCCAGAAUCCACUUGUGGCCAGACUUGUGUUUGGUUUCUCUUUCUACUCCGGUCCAGAUGCCCAGGCCAGUCCUGCAACCUCUGUCCGCACUGAUGCAGAUUUCAGCCCAGCCAAAAUUUCACCAAAAACACCCUGGGAAGAUAGGUACCAUGCAGCUUACAAAGAAUUUGGAUUCUGUUGCCUUCUUGUUUUUUCUUUUCUUUUUUUUUUUUUUCUUUUCCAACAUCAUUAAGAAGCAGGGACAGUUUAUUGAAUAGAUAUCAUUUAAACAUUCUAAGUGA